GAAAAACGACGUCGUUUUCUCCGUGGAGUUGCAAUGAGGACAAUAAAACGAUGAUGCAAGAGCUUCUGACAAGCUUACGAGGAAGUCGUUGGAUUUUAGGAGAGCCCAGAAAAUCCCAACGGAUCCGAGUCAACUUGCUCGACUCAGGAAGAAAUUGGAAAUCGAAUGAUCCCUCCAUUUGUCUCUCUAAUUUAUUCAGUCUGAUUGGUCACCGUUUUCACUCGAUAAUUAAUCUUCAAAUAGGUGGUUUUAUACCUAGAGAUUGCCCACAUAUUAUUCAACCAUGAGUUUUGUCUUCCGUGGGAGUAGAGCAGAAUUAGACACUGGCUUUCCAGGAUUUAUGUCUGAGCGACGUGCAUUGCAUGUUCAUGCAGGACGUCCAGUUCAUUCCAACUCACUUGUUUUCCUUGUUACAGUUUUCUUGCUAUUUAUGAUAUUGAACUCGCACCAGAUGUCAUCAAACUUUCUGCUAUGGCUUGUGCUUGGUAUCUUUUUAAUGGCUACUACACUACGAAUGUAUGCAACUUGUCAACAACUUCAAGCUCAGGCUCAAGCACAUGCAGUAGCAGCAAGUGGUCUUCUGGGUCAUACUGAAGUGCGAUUGCAUAUGCCUCCAUCAAUAGCACUUGCAACUAGAGGGCGUUUGCAGGGCCUCAGACUGCAACUUGCUCUUCUUGACCGGGAGUUUGAUGACCUAGAUUAUGAAACUUUAAGAGCAUUGGAUUCUGAUAAUGUUCCUACUGCUUCAAUGAGUGAGGAAGAGAUCAAUGCCCUUCCAGUUCACAAGUACAAGGUCACUGGUCCCGAGAGUGGUGGAUCUUCAAUGCUGCAAGCCUCAUCUUCAAACUCUGCUGAGCUAAAGAAGCAAGAUACUGCGAACACAGUUAGUAGCGCCAAGGCCUUAGAAGAUGAGCUAACUUGCAGUGUUUGCUUGGAGCAAGUUACUACCGGGGAACUCAUCCGUACAUUGCCAUGCUUGCAUCAGUUCCAUGCUAAUUGUAUCGACCCGUGGCUGCAGCAACAGGGAACAUGUCCUGUUUGUAAAUUCAGAGCAGGAUCUUCCUGGCAUGAAACUGAAUCAGGUGGGUUGGAUGCAUCGUACAUGGUUUAGUCCUUGUAGAUGGCAAUGCAUCAUGUGUAUCUAGCUAAUAUACAUGCUUACUGACAUAAAUCAAGAUGAAAGGUGUAAUUCAUAUGACAAAUUAGGAUAAUGAUGUAAACACUCACUCACUUGAGACUUGAGAGUAGUUGCUGAAGACCACCAGGAAAUAUGUUUUUUUUAAGAGUUGUGACAUGAAUAUUUUUUUGAGUGAAGGGGAUGGGAGGUUCGAACUCGAGACCUUUAAGAGAUGUUAUACAUGAGUAUCAUCUGAGUUAUUCUCGUGAUUGUCAGUUGUGACAUGAAUAUUACUACAUUAUUGAUUGUAAUUUUGUUAUAAAAAUGUAAUAUUGUAUGAAA